CCUGGAAGAACGCCGAAGGCAAACACCUAAAUUAUGUUUAGCGUUAUGUCUGGGCACGUUGCGAGUCCCUCCGACUGCUGCUUUUGCGAACCUAGUCUUCUAAUCGCUCUUGGUACUACACUUGUUCGACCCUCUGACAAUGGAGGCCAAGUCCGUUUUAUCAUUUGACGAAGUGAAGGCGCAUAACAGUCGUGAUGAUUGCUGGGUGGUGAUCCAAGACAAGGUGUGGGAUGUAACAGAGUUCCUGUCGGAACACCCAGGAGGAUCGGAGGUAAUCUUGAAAUACGCCGGAAAGGAUGCAACCUCAGUAUACAAUGAGUUCCACGCCCCAGGCAUGCUCGAGGAAACACUUGCUACCAACAAGUUCGUCGGCGACAUCCUCCCAUCGAACGAUCUGCCCCCAAGAAGCACGAUCGACGAAGCAGAGGCAGCAGAAUCAAAUCCACACCCCGGAAAACGCCAAAUCGAGAUCCCAAACCAGGUUCCUGAGAUAUACGAGAAGCCGCACCUACACCAGCUUAUCUCUGCAGCUGAUUUCCAGGAAGUUGCCCGACACACGUUGACGCCAAAGGCAUGGGCUUUCUACUCUUCAGCCGCCACAGAUCUAGUCACACACAACCAGAACAAGGCGCUCACUCGACGCGUGAUGUUCAGGCCCCGAAUUCUGCGCGACGUCAAGUCCGUGUCCACAAAGCGGAAGAUCUUGGGUUGUGAAUCCUCAGUACCUUUCUUCGUUUCACCAGCGGCUAUGGCUCGAUUGGCUCACCCAGAUGGCGAACUGGCCUUGGCUCGAGGUUGUGCAAACGAAGAUAUCGUGCAGUGUAUCUCUAGUAACGCCUCAUACCCGCUCGCCUCGAUCGUCAAAGCCGGGAGAGACGAUCAGCCUUUCUUUCUGCAACUGUAUGUCAACGUUGAUCGACCGAAGACGGAAGAGCUGCUCCGCAAAGCUGCCUCCUUAGGAAUUCGCGGCAUCCUCGUUACUGUCGACGCACCAGUACCCGGUAAACGCGAAGCCGAUGAACGAAUCGCAGCAGAAAACGUUGCGAGCGCUAUCUCCGGCGCUGUAGCAAGCAAUGAUAAGAAGGGUGGCGGCAUGGGCAGACUGAUGGCACAAUAUGUAGAAAAGAGCUUGAUAUGGGAGGACGUUCAAUGGAUCAAGAGGGUAUCAGGGCUACCGGUUGUGCUGAAAGGCGUACAGAGUGCCAUGGACACAAGAAUGGCCGCCGACUGGGGAUGCGAUGGCGUCAUGCUGAGCAACCACGGAGGACGCUCUCUUGACGGUGCGCAACCGAGCAUCCUCGUCCUACUCGAACUGCACCGCAUGUGUCCAGAGAUCUUCGAUAAGCUCGAAGUGUACAUUGACGGUGGCUUUGAGCGCGGGUCAGAUAUCCUGAAAGCCAUCUCUCUGGGCGCGACAGCAGUCGGCAUCGGACGGCCGUACUUAUACUCGCUGACUUACGGAGAAGAUGGCGUCGAGCACCUAACACAGAUUCUGAAAGAUGAGCUUGAAACAUCGAUGCGCUUGUGUGGGAUAACGGAUAUCGAUCAGGCGCACCCAGGUCUAGUCAAUACGCAGGAUAUUGACUCUCUUGUGUUGGCAACAGAUAAUCACCCUUACAUUCGAUGGCGGCCACGUGCGAGGAUAUAG